CACCACUUGCGCCUCGACUCUCACGUCUACACUCCAUUCCUCUAUCAACGAUUGCUGGAAUAACGUCAACAUUUUUGUGAACCAUUCAUUUAUAUUACCACAAUCAUUUAUAAAUAUCUUUAUAUAUACAUAUAUUCAUUAAACUUUUAUAAUUUAUCAAUACCUCAUAUAAAUCACCAAUUAAAUUUCAAAUCUAAUUAAUUAAUCAUUUUGCGUAGUGGAAUAAAUUAAAGUGUUUUUAGUGUCGUCUUAAAAUUUUUUUUUAUUAUUAUUAUAGUGUAAAGUCUAAGUCAUAUAUUAAUAUAUCAAAACAUAUUUGUGCUGUUUUAAAAAUUUUAAAAAAUGUUAAUGUGUUAAUUAAUAUUCCUAACACACUUGUAAUCACAAAGGAAGCGAAAAAUUUAAAUUUAUCGUUGAAAAUAAAAAAAAAAUUGUUAAUGAUUUAAAUGUGACUUCGAUUAUUAAUUGUCAUUGGUAAUUAACUAAUGAAAUAAGUGAUGCUAAAGAUGUUAGUGUUUUAUGUCUCGACCUCGAUCUUGAGGCUGGACACCAAUGGCUUGACCGUGAGUUGUCGGGGUUUAGUGUCUUCGGUUCAAUUUACCCCUUUAUGGUAGUCAGUACAGUAUUAAGUCUACAAGAUCAAUGUUAAAGUAGUUUUAAAUUUUUAAAUUUCAUUUAAAACUAUCCAGUGAGGAGUUUUUGAGCUGACGGAAGUGAUAAAGGUAUCAGUUUUGCUUUCAAAAUUGGAGCGACUGGAAUAUUAUUUAAAAAAUAAACUAACACGUGUUUGAUGUAAUAUUUUUUAUGCAAAAGAUACUAUAGAGUAAGUACACGUUAUUGUACACGUGUUGUGGUCAAGUCCGGUAUCGGUCUAUUGUACCGGUGAUAUAUAUGUAUGUAUAUCCGAUAUUGCGCUACAAUUUUAUUAAACACGAAAUAGAAGACGUCACAGGCGAAAGAUAAUCGAUUUAAGUCGGGACUGCAUCGUCACGGUGCGAUGACCUCCAAACCAGGAAGGUCCUACUCCGUGAGGUCCCCGAGGGUGGGAGGGCCGCUGUCACAGUCGCUGGCGAUGAUACCGCCGACAAUGCACGGCCAUGAUUUCAAUCAGCCAUUGUCGCGGGUCGUAAUGGUAAGGAAGACUGACCAGAGGACCUUUAGCAAAGGUCGCAGAGGUGGUGAACCUCUUCUUGAGACUGUAACCCGCGAAACUGUUGAGUUAUUCAACGGUGGACGGGCUGAAAGAAAAUAUACGUCGGAAACCAGGGAUAUCGUUACACCCAAGUCGAGUAGAUCUCGCGCUGGCUCGGUGAGAUCUAAGUCGCCAUUGACGGGAUCUCCAGCAUCUCCGGGUCCAUUAUCUGGCUCGUUGCACGGCAGUUUCCAUGGGAGUCUUGGUAGUGAUGGAAUGUCAUGCAGUAGUGCCAGAUCAUCAUCGGCAUCACCUGACUCUGCUCGUUACUCUACAGCGCAGAUAACAAAGACUGACACGCGUAAACCAUCUGUGCGUAGAUUUGGACCUGACAAGGAAUUUAUCAAUCUCUGUUUGGAAACACACAACUAUUAUCGUAAUCGUCAUGGAGUUCCUGCAUUACGACUUAAUAAACAGCUUUGUAAAACAAGUCAAGACUGGGCAAAUAUAUUGGCAACUAAAGGAAGAUUGGAACACCGUGCAAAUAUUGAGUACGGGGAAAAUCUUUAUUGUAUGUGGAGUUCAAAUCCUAAGACGAUUGUCAAUGGCGAUGAACCUGUUAAUGAUUGGUACGCCGAAGAAUCACAGCAUCAGUAUAACAGAGAACCAACGACACUUAAAACUGGCCAUUUUACCCAAAUAGUGUGGCGUAGUAGUACCGAAUUAGGUGUAGGGAUGGCCCGCAAUCGUAACGGUGAAGUCUACGUCGUAUGUAAUUAUAACCCAGCUGGAAAUUUUCUCGGCAGUUUUAUGGAAAAUGUUUUACCGCCAAGCGAAAGAUCUUCGUCGCCGUCACGUCUACCUGCGAUAUUAAAAAUAAGCUCUUGGACUCUGGACCAAAGUGCUUGGCAGCAAGACGCUCUGGCUGUACACAAUGAAUACAGAAGACGUCACCGUUCGCCGGAUUUGAUUCUCAAUGAUGAGCUGACCGCUGCUGCCAAGGCCUGGGCGAAUAAAUUAUUGAACUCAAAUAAAUUAAUACCACAGUCAUCAUCACCUUAUGGUGAAAAUAUAUAUUCCGUUCAGUGUUCAGAUCCUAAUAACAUUGUGUCUGCACGUGAAGUUGUUGCUAAAUGGUACUCGGAACGUAAGGAACAUAAAUUUGGUAUUGAACCUAAAAUUCUAAACACAUGUCACUUUACACAAAUAGUAUGGAAGAGUACUCGAGAAAUGGGUAUUGCAAUGGCUAAAAAAGAUGGUACUUGCAUUGUCGUGGCCUGCUAUUACCCACGGGGUAACAUCGUCGGUCAAUUUACUGAAAAUGUUCUUAAGCCUAUUAAAAGUAUUUGAUAAAAUGUAUUAUUACAGUAAUAAUUAUUUGAUACGGGUUGAUUUAUCAGUUUUCUUUAUUAUUAAUUUAUUAAUUAAGUUCUUAAUAUUAUAUUUUUGUUGUUGACUGUUGAUUUAUUUAAUUGUCGCAUUUAUGUAUAUAAUACAUACCGAUAUGCGUAGAAAAAAG